GUCUAAAGGUCGGGUUAAGUGGAUAUUCGAAUGCGCUCAUUAAGCUUGGUCGAUCGUGUAUUUUUUAAAGAUAUCUAUACCAGCAACUCACGUAAUCUCUGCUUAUACGAUGUGGACAAUGAUGGGGAUAAUGAAUUGAUAAUUGGCUCUUGGGAUUCUGGACCCUUACUGGAAAAUGGAGAAGCCAAUGCAGCAAAUAGUGAGGGUUCCGUCCACGUGUUAAAGUAUAGGAAGGUAUGGAAGGCAUCUUAUCAUCUUGGCAUGGUUUCGUGUGUUACAGCAGGUAGUAUAUACAAACCCGAUGAAGUUAGUGAGACCAUUUUGAUGGAUUUAUUUAUUUGAAUGAAUUGUUUUCUAGACAUGGAUCAUAGCUUUGUGCGCUGAUUCACAUUGCUAUGCAUUUGAUGCUUGUGCUCUCGCUCCAGAAUCUGAAAAUAUUUCAAGCUGAUCAAACUGUCAAAGUAGAAAUUGAUACAUUAAAAAUGGUUCAUCAUCAAGAAUUAGCUUACAAUGCCAAAGAUGUCUGUAUAUUUAAUGAAGGAGAAAUUGCAGUAGCUCAUUCUGAUCGUGUUGUUCGAUUAUAUUCAUGGUGUUCAUUUAAACCAACUGAUGAUAAAUCUAAAACAUCAUCAAAUAAAGUAUCAAAUUUAGGCGAAUUUAUCCUAUUAAUAAAAUGGGAAUUAGCUGGUCAGGUCAACCGAAUCGAUACAUGCCUAACACAGGAACAUGGUCUUAUUCUUAUUGCUUCACAGCCAAGUGGAGGAUUUGCACAUUUACAUCGAAAAUUUGAAAAAUAUCACGAUAUAGUUGCACCAACAUUAACCUAUUAUCCUCCACGUGUGACAAGUUCUAAUAAUUUAGAAACACGUACAUGGCUUAUUGGUAAUGUGAAACAUUCAAAUUGUGAUAAUAACACUACUACCACUACUACUACUGCUAACUCAAAUAAGAUAUCCUGUUUACUUUGUUUAUGUACGGCUGAUGGAAAUAUGCGACUUGUCGAUCCAACAAUACAUGGUAAUGAUAAUGAUGAAUUAAUUAUAUGGUCAAUUCAAGUGCAUACACGUAGUGAAUUAUUUGCUUUAUGUAAAAUGAAAUUAACUAAAGAUGAUGGUGAUCAAUUAGUUGUUUGUUCAUGGGAUGGUACUACAUAUAUAUUUGAUAUAAAUAAUAAUUCAUUAUGUUUUCCAUUAGGACGUUCAUGUCAAGCAUUUAUAGCUGGAUUAUAUGCUAUAGAACCUGGUAGAAAUUCUUCUGUAUUAAUCUAUUCAACAUUUGAUCGUAAUACUUUAAUUUAUUAUAAUUUAUGCUUAAAUAAUGUUGCUGCACAAAGUUUACAUAAUACAAUAUUAAAUGAUUAUGCAUUAGUAAAGAAAUUUCAGAUAAAAAAUGUUGAUCCCUAUGAUUCUGCACAAUUAUCCAAAGCAAUUCAUUAUAUCCUAUACGAUUUACCUAAACAAGAAACUCAUCUAUUACAAUGAGUUCAGUUGGAAACAUCUAGUUAGUUGUUGUUUUUUUUGUGUGUGUGUGUGUGGUUUAAAUGAAAUAACCUAAACUCAGUAUUACUUUAUGAUAUUUCAGUUUAAUAAUUAAAUUACCUUCAAUUUAUUAAACUGAAACAAACAUGUUUAUGUAUUGUACUGAUUUUCUACCUUCUGUAAUAUGUAUGAUAAUGAGUUCUUUUCUAAAAACACUGAUCCAAGCUU